AUGCCAGAUGACAUUGAAAACGGCGAGAAAAGGCCGUUGCUGCGCAAGUCGACGUCAGAGCCUGCAACGGACUCCGAGGAUCCUCGGAUUCGACUUGCCAAUCCACAGAAGUUGGGGUAUUUCGAGAAGAAGCGAAGGAUCAAAGAGCUGAAGAAUGUGAGUCUCGGUUUUGAUUCGAGGUUUUCGAGUUUAGGGUAAUACUAUCAGUCUGUCGGGAAAAUAACGGCGGAUCGUCGCAUCAAAAUGUCUCGCCUCGCCGCUAUCGCGCACCAAAUCCCCAGCCGCGGCUUGAAGUCGCAAAGCGAUGGUGGGCGAUUCCGAGGCGCGACGAUCCGCCGUUAUUUUUCCGACAGACUGAUAGUCCGUUUGCGGAGUGGUUGAAGUGUUUUUUUUGGUGUUUGCACUGUGUAGAAAGUCAGGGUGCGAGCGACAACUCAAAAAAGCCUUUUGCACAGUGGAAAAAGCAAGAAGUUGCAAACAAUGAUUCAAGCGACUUUGUGAACGGACUGUGUGUUUCCUCCAACGUCUCUGGAUUAACUCCGACCGCUUUUUAACAGUUUCUUACGAGGAUUUUAUUUCAAUUUUACACACGUUUCGGUUUCGGGUGUCGGAAAAAUAAUGAGCUCAAUGCCGCUGCGCCGCUUGCGCCACUGCAGCCAAAAGCGACUUGAUUUUGCCACGACACAAUUCAAUUCCUCGGCGGCGAUACUAUUUUCGAUGCGACAGGUUGCUCAUUAUUUUCCCGCGAGACUGUUAACGAAGGAACUUUUUCGCAUAGUGGGUAUUGCCGAAUUUCAGCGCGGCUCUACAGUAUUCGUCCAAAAAACUCAUUUCUAAUUUUGGGGUACUCAAGCUAAAGACAUGACGUGAGAAUUUCAAUGUCUUUCCAGUAAAACUCUCACAUUUGUCCAUCAAAAUUAUUGCGGCGGUUUUCGAACCUUUUAAUCCGAUGUCUCGCCUAUUUUGGUGAGCUAGUUUUUAAUGCCUCAAGGUCAAAAUUUUUCGCUAAUGGCGGGACAUCCGGUAAAUCCGCGACCCACUCUCGAUACAGCCAUCAACUCGGAAUAAUUUACGACCGCUGGACUGGAGAGUUGUAAAGUGGCGGGCGGAAGCGGCCAUCUCAGCCGAUUACACGACGACCCGAAAAGUCAUUGUUUUAACGCACUUCUGUUUAUUAAAAUACAACACGUGUGGGGCUAUUUUUGUGGGACUGACGAUACUAGUCCUCCCGGAAAGUCGCCAGACUGAUUUUUGGCGUUUGCACUGUGCGAAAAAGUAAGGGUUCGAGCGACAACAGGAAAACCCUUAUUGCACGGUGCAAAGAAAACUUUUUUUUAUAUUUUACGGUGCGCGUCGCCGAUAGCAACGGGGCGACUUUUCGGAACGACUAUUAGAAGUGAUGAUACAGUCAAAACUUUGUGCAAGAGAUGAUAAAAUUUGUUGUUUUCGGAGGUUCAUUUUGGCACAAAAACACUUGGGCUACACCCUCUGUAAACGGCUGUUUCUAAAGGCCACGCUUACAGUAUCAGCCUGUCAGGAAAAUAGAAAGCACUCGUUGCAUAAAAAAUGGCAGUCUCGCCGAGGAAAUGAAUUGUGUCGCGGCAAGACCAAUUUCACUUCAGCGACGCGAUACAUGUGGCUAAUUGUUAUACUAGUCCGUUCGUAAAGUCGCUGGAAUGAUUUCGGCGACGCGCACUGUGCAAGAAAACUCAGGGUGCGGGCGACGGCCCAAAAAAGCCUAAUGCACUGUGCAAAAGGCCAAAAAUUGCACAGUGCAAAGUGAACCUUCGGUUUCGCGGAGUGCAUGUCGCCGAAAACAUUCCAGCGACUUUACGAACGGACUAGUACUCCUUGGGCUUUAGAAAUUGCUUGCUACAAGCAGGUUUCGCUGUACCGGGGUUUGUUGUGGUAGAUUGCACUGUCUUUAACUGGGUUCUGCUUUACAGGGGAAGUACUCCAAGUGCUACGCUCAGAUUUUGAUGAAACUUGGCACAACUUUAGAAUAAUUUUUUCUAAAAUAUAUGCGAGAAUCCUAGCUCGCGCUUUGCAGAAACAACCGAGAUUUUUAGAUCAAAAGUCGGCCAAAAUUUAGGACUUUUUGUCGAAUUUCGGCACGAAAAGUUUCAUAAAAAAAGGAUGAUGUUUCUACAAAAAAGGAUAAUGUUUCUACAACAAAUCAAAUUUUUCCGCACGAAACUGCCAAAGUUAUGGCCAAAAAGCGCUUUUCUCUCUGACCGCUCUCCACGUUGAGCGUGCUCUCUCGGCGGCAAAAAUCGUUCGAUAUCUCGGCGGCGCCCGCAAAGCGCGAGCUAAAACUUUCAGGAAUUGAUAUUUAGUCCAUUCCCGAAGUGUGUGAAAAAUUUAAAGAAAAUCUGAGCGUCGCACUGAAGUACUUCCCCUGUUGUUACAACGCCCACAAAGGAAGUGCCCCAAAUGCAAUGGUCAGAUUUUCUUUAAAUUUUACACGCUUCGGGAAUAGACUAGAUAUCAAUUCCUGAAAAUUUUAGCUCACGCUUUGGUGAUAUUCAACCAUCUUUGCGGCCGAGACAGUACAUGAACUGCGGAGAGCGAUCAGAGAAAAAAUAUUUUUUUACCGUACCUUUGCUGGUUUCGCGUGCCAAACAUUGUUUUGCCUGUAAAAAUGUUCAUAAAUAAUCUGUCGGAAGCUAAAAUCAUAACAUCAACAAUAACAGAAACGGCGUCUGGCGUGCCAUUUAGAUGAUUGCAACGCUCGUGGCGUCUAAAAAAGCCGGGAUUAGAGGGUGCUCUCACUAAAAUUAAUACCAAUGUGGCGUCAUAGACGUUGGUUAUUUUUCAACGACUUUCGUUGUGUUUUCAACUGUCUGAGAAUGCAUAAUUACAGUUUACUGUACUUCCACGCUUUAUUUUUAACUUGUUUGAGGCUUAGCAAGUUGUUUCAAGGAUCAACGGAAAUAAAAAAAUCUUUGUUUGGAGCCGACAAGCCCUUCCGGAUCCGCAAACGACAAAGUUUCCGGCUUAUCGUUAGCGUCUUAUCCUUUUUUGCACAUUCCUUCAGAGCAUAAUCCGUUGUUUGCGGGCUCAACGGAAACGCGUAGCAAGCGAGAGCUACCAGUUGAACUCAAGGAUUUAUUAGGGAAAAUGAGACAAGAUUGUAAUCUGCGAUUAUCACUCAGUCGGGAAAAUAAUGAGCAUUGUGUCGCAUGGGAAAUCGCAUCAACGCUGAGAAAGUGGAUUGUAUCGCGACAAGUGGAAAGAAAUGAAUCAGAUUUCUUUCCAUUUUAGCGAAGAGGUUAGCGCGGACUAGAAUAAGAUCCAAAGCUCUCAUGCGUCCUAUUUUCACGUUUGGUGGGCCAACAGAUCUAUUUUUACAAAGCAUAUGUCCAUCUUAAAAUCAGCAGGCUUUUUCUUACAGGGGAAGUACUCCAAGUGCGACGCUCAGAUCUUUAAAUUUUGUACAUACGUCGGGUAUGGAUUAGAUAUCUAUUCCUGAAAGCUUUAGCUCGCGCUUUGCGGGCGCCGCCGAGGGAGCAAGCGAAACGUGGAGAGGGGCCAGAGAAAAUUUUUGAUUUUUAGUAGAAACAUUGUCCUACAGCAGGAAUAGGCAUAAAACUUUUCGUGCCGAAAUUCGGCAAAAAGUCCUAAAUUUUCGCCGACUUUCAAUCUAAAAAUCUCGGUUAUUUCUGCAAAGCGCGAGCUAGAAUUCACACACAUAUCUUAGAAAAAAAUGUUCUAAAUUUGUGCCAAGUUUCAUCAAAAUCUGAGCGUCGCACUUGGAGUACUUCCCCUGUUAAUGUCAAGUACAAUAUCGGGGCAGUGUGGGUAGCAGGUGGACCUUAUGUGGCCUUCUCAUAUACGAUUUAGAAGCGCUUUAUUUGCGCUUCAAACCAUUAUAUCCAACAUACUCCGUAAGGCGUUUCAAAGCUUACAAGAAUUCGCACAAAUUGACGACUUAAAAAUUUGCAAGACUUAUGGGACACCUUAAUAUUUCGAGGCAUUUUGCCAACCUGAGCGGUAAACACCGAUCCAGAAAAUCUCACUAAAAUUUUUGGUCAGGAGCCUGCCCAUUUUGCGCGGAAAUUUUUCGAUUUCGGCCUGGUUAACAAACAAGCUUCACAAAAAAAUUUUGAAAAAAGCGUUGCGUUUUUUAAUUAAAAGAGCUUGAUUUCGGUCUGCAAAACAGCAAGCGCCAUGUCGCUGCCUCGAUUGCUUCACUGAAGUUAUAAAGAAAUCUGAUUUUGUUGCCACACAAUUCAUUUUUUCGACGACGAUGCGAUUUUCGAUGUGACAGAGUGCUCAUUAUUUUCCCGACAGACUUAUAUUUUGUUUCAAAAGGAUACGACCACAAAAUUUCAUUUUAAAAGUUUUUUUUCAGUUCUACGAGCGACAAGACAGGCUUAGCCAGCUGGUCGAAGAAGACAUCAAAAAUUUGCAUCCAGACAAUGCGGAAAGGCGAUGCGAAGAGGCUCACGAAGAAUACAGCAACAAUUUGGUGUGGGAUCGACGGUUUGCUUCGGCGAUUUUCGUUAUGAAUUUGCUGAUUUUGGGUGGAAAUUUGGCGGCCGCCUUUUUGUCCGGAUCCUAUUCGGUGAUCAGGUAGGAAAGCGGACUUACUAUUGCAGAAAAACGAAGGGAAAUUUUUUGAUUUUCCCGGAAGUACGGGGCUUAUUCAUUCGUAAAUUUUUCAUAAUGCAAAUUGACCAGUUGGACUUGUUUUUGAGGAAGAAAACAAGGCAAUUAUAAUAUGUACACAGCUGUUUCUGACAUUUUUUAUAUAAAAAAAUGUUUUAUACACGUGUAGUUUAUAUAUAUUUUCGUAUACGAAAAAAAACAUCGUAAUAGCAUCAAUUUUGCACAUAAUAUCCUUAUUUGUAAUCAAAACUCCUUUUUUUCAGUGCCUUUGUCGACUCGAGUAUGGACAUUGUCAGCAGUGUCAUCGUGUACAUCACUGUCUAUCUGAUCACUCACACCAACAAAUUCAACUAUCCGCGCGGCCGACAGCGCUUGGAGCUGAUGGCCGUGAUCAGUUGCUCCAUUUUUAUGGGAGUCGCAAAUAUCAUGAUGAUUAUUCAGUCAGUCGAGGCGAUUGUUAUGGGCUCGGUAAGGAAGCGACUGUGGAUUAAGGUUUUUGCUAAGAGCUAGGGGCUAAGAAAUGUUGGCUAAAGUGAAUGUUGUUGGAUUAAAAUCCAAAUUUUAUACGUGGAUUUUGGAUACUGGAUGUUUCAAGAAAUUUUGUAAAAGUUUUUUGCUUAUAUCUUUCUGCUCCUUGCAGAUAUUCAAAAAGUUUAAGUGGUAUUUGAAAUUCGAAUUCGUGCGUUUUUAGAAUAUGCAAAAGAAUUUUUACUUGUCUCGGCGGAGGGACCAUUUUUCGGCAGAGACAUUUGAUGUCUUUUUUGAAAAUUAUACCGCGUUACAGAGCCCGGACUUUUCGACUACGGAUGAAAUUAGGUUUUCCACAUCUGAUAGGACAUAAUCUGUUAGUCUCGGGAGCUUGGCGGAUGUUUCACGCAUCGGCGAAGGCUCGGCGGAGGCAGUUUUGGGGACAUGGCUUUUGCAAAUCGAAUUGAAAAAUUUUCUCUGGUCAGAUAAACUUCCUUAUAGGGGAGUACCCCAAGCGCGACGCUCAGAUUUUGAUGAAACUUGGCACAAAUUUAGAAUAAUUUUUUCUAUAAUAUUAUAUGCGAGGAUCUUAGCUUACGCUUUGCAGAAACAACCAAGAUUUUUUAACUGAAAGCUGGCGAAAAUUUGACACUUUUUGCCAAAUUUCGACACAAAGGGUUUCAUGCCUAUUUCUACCACAGAGGGCAAUGUUUCCACAAAAAAUCGAUUUUUUUCGCAAGAAACUGUUAAAGUUAUGGCCAAAAAGCGCUUUUCUCUCUGACCGCUCUCCACGUUGAGGGUGCUCUCUCGGCGGCAAAAAUCGUUCGAUAUUUCAGCGGCGCCCGCAAAGCCGCAAAGCGCGAGCUAAAACUUUCAGGAAUUGAUAUUUAGUCCAUACGUGUGUGCAAAAUUUAAAGAAAAUCUGAGCGUCGCACUUGAAGUAAUUCCCCUGUUAGUUCUUGGCCGAGGUGUGUGCAAAGUUUCAAGAAAAUCUGAGCGUUGCACUUGGGGCACUUCCCUAGUUAGUUUACCUUGCACUGCUUACUCCAUUCGGAGGAAGAGAAGUCCAUCGGAACAAAAAAAAUCGAUGAUUUUUGAUGAAAGAUUGGCCCUCAUUUCGCCACAUUUCCGUGUCUUUGAGCCUUCCUAAUCUCGCAUUUUUCUGGAACAACUACCACUAAUACAAGCCUACAAUUGAAUACAACGCCGCAAACAUAGUUUUCUUCAAUCUUUGCUCAACAAAUCUCAGCGGUUUCUGAACCGUAUGAGCUUUGAGUCACUCGCUACGAACUCGCCUAUAUAGCGUACUGUAGCCUACGAAAACAAAUGUAAAUACAUUUAUCCGUAAAUUUAAUAUGCGGAGCGGAUGUACGCAGUGCACAUACUACAGUUUGUGCGUGAACAAAAACACAGGCAAUAUUAUGGCCAUUUAUCUCGAAAUUUUAUGAGAAUUGAUACAAAACAGCAACUUUAUUGGGUAUUUCAUCCCCAAAUUUCACCUAAACUUUAACGCGCUCUUAUUUUUAUCCGUUGCAUUCAACACUUGUAGGGGACGAAAAAUAUUUUUUUGUUUUUGAAACCAGUGACAUUUGGUAAAAAUAUGCCCCUACAAUUGCAAACGGAGAUGUUUGAAAUAGCGCGGGGACUAAAGAAUGAUCCGGAGAAACGUCGAAAAGCCCAGCAUUAAUACAGAAAAUACCCCCCGGCGAACAUGUGAACCCAUUUCGUUGAAUUUUGUUUUGACAAAGAAUUUCCAGAAUUAACGUCAAAAGCCUUAAGCGGAUUCGCGGGAGUGUACAAGAUCGCUGAAUCACGUGUCUGCAUUUUUUUUGGUGGAUACGGAGACGUCAGCGGAUUGGGAGAAUUUGGAGACAGAUACGAAAGCUGAUACUAUUAUCAGUCUGUCCGGAAAAGACAGACUGAUAGUAUAGUAUUAGCAAGAUGGCACGUCAAACUGAGACAAGCUAAAACGAUCCGGUGAAUCGGUUGGCAAUUCGCUAAAAAAGACGAGAAAAAACGUUUUGUCAGCGAAGAAAUGGGGAUUUUUUCGGACGAGAGAGUACGUUUUUGCGCGUCUUUUUUCUGUCUUCUCUGCGAAAUCAAGACGAAGUGUAAAAAACCGAUAGCGAAGAGUCUAUUCCGGGGCGGGCGCAGACUUGCGGGCAACCAGUUCGCGGGCAAAUUUUUUGCGGGCAGCUACUUUGCGGGCAGCCGACAUUUGCGGCCAGCACCGGCAUUUGCGGGCAGCCUGGAAGAUUUGCGGGCAGCCGAAAUUUGCGGGCAACCGGAAAAAUUACUUCGAUAUUUUUGAAGUUUUCCGACAUUUGCGGGCAGGCAAUACUUGCGGGAAACCGACAUUUGCGGGCAACAGUUCCAAAAGUUUCUAUACAGUCUGUGUGAUUGUUUUUUCCUGUUCCCGCAAAUGUCGGCUGCCCGCAAAUGUCGUCAAAUUUCAAAAAUAUCGCAGUAAUAUUUCCACCUCCACCCUGUUACCCUCAGGUGCCGGUUGCCCGCAAAUGUCGGUUGCCCGCAAGUGUCCCAGGCUGCCCGCAAGUGUCUCAGCUGCCCGCAAAUGUUUCAGCUGCCCGCAAAUGUGACCCCCCAAAUUUUGCCGCAAAGUGGUUCCCCGCAAAAAAAUUGCCCGCAAACAGGUUGCCCGCAAGUGUCGCGACGCCUAUUCCGGUGACCGGACUGCUCAGUUUGAGGUGCAUUGCGCGGAAAAGACUGAUUUUUAAUGAAAAUAUUGUGCGUCACAUGCAAACCAAAACGUUUUCAGACUUAUCAAUCCUCAAAAAUGUCUCGUACUUUCUCCUUGUUUUGAGCCAAGAAUGUAGGAAGUUUUGGCACAUAUCUACAGUGGGGGACCUGAUCCAGUGGCAAAAAACGUAGCAAUUUGCAUCCGGGAAGUAUCAAAAAUGUGGCAAAAUUCUUCCCUCUCCAAGUGAAAAAACUCCGACUUCAAAAGCGCGCCCGCUCUUUUUGUGAGGGAAAGGACCCUUAAAAACGAGGUUUUUUCACUUGUAGAGGGAAGCAUUUUGCCACAUUCGUGAUCCUUCCCGGAUGCAAAAUGGUACGUUUUUUGCCACUGGAUCGGGUUCGUCACUGUAAGUGCCAAAAUUCCACGGACUUUAGGUAAGUACCUUGCCAUAUACGCGAUUAGUAUAUGGCGAGGUACUUUUCAGUCUGUCGGGAAAAUAAUGGGCACUGCUUUGCUGUCGCUGCCUCGAUACAUACGCCACUGAAUUGAGAAGCAAUUUGAUUUUGCCGCGAAACAGUGCAUUUUCUCGGCGGCGAUGCGAUUUUCGCCGCUACAGAGUGCUCAUUAUUUUCUCCGCGGCACAAUUCAGUUUAUUCAAGUUUUUAAUAACCAAAUUUUAAUAAAAGCUGAUAGUUUUUAUGCAAAUUUUCGCAAAUUAUUCAAAUUUUUUUCUUCAAAUUUCAGGUCGAUCCGGACGCAAAUCUCCCGACGCUUGCGAUCAUGGGCAGUGCAAUCCUGAUCAAGUCCAUCGUCAUGGUGCUGUGCUACAGUCACGGCACAACGAACUCAAAAAUUUUGGCAUUGGACCAACGCAACGACAUCAUAACCAGCAUCGUUGCGGUGUGCGGCGCCGUCCUCGGCGACUACUAUUGGCCGUAUGCGGACCCAAUCGGCGCUAUUCUCGUAUGGUAGGUGACAGAGGGCACUCGAAAUUAUCCGCUAUAUCACAUUUUUUAAUUUAUCACAUGGAAGACCGCUCCGUUUGACCUAUUUGUUUGUCAACAGUCCACCCUCUGGUUGCACUUGGUUGUCAUCGGCGUUGACAUGCGAUGAUUAUACCAUUUUUAAUGCCCAAAAAUAGAAAGAAAGUGCGCAAUAUUCUAAUGAAUGGGAUAUUUGGUCGAAAAAAACUAUGAAAAAGUUUGAAAGGAGGGGAGGAAUUUUUGAGAGUGUUUUGAAAUUAUGACUUUCCAAAUUACAGUGGGGGACCUGAUCCAUUACUAUGUACACAGGCAUGGGUGAGAGGGGAAUGAAAGAGAUGGUGGCAGGGGUACAUGAUGUGAUCAAGUGAUUUGAUCAAAGGAUAGGAUUUUUUGGGAGAAAAAAUGACGAAUUUUGAGGGGAAAUGAUGAAAUUUUCUAAAAUGAUGACUUUAGUUUUCAAAAAAUAAUUUUUUCAGAGGAAAAGUAGAGAUUUUCCCUCAAAACCACCAAAGUUAGAAGUAAGAGACUACAGUGGCGGACCUGAUCCAGUGGCAAAAAACGUGCUAUUUUGCAUCCAGGAAGUAUCAAAAAUGUGGCAAAGUGCUUCCCUCUCCAAGUGAAAAAACUUCGUUUUGAAGGGCGCGCCCUUUGUCCUCACAGAAAGAGCGGGCGCGCUUUUGAAGCCUGAGUUUUUUACUUGGAGAGGGAGGUAUUUUGCCACAUUUUUGACACUUCCUGGAUGCAAAAUAGUACGUUUUUUUGCCACUGGAUCAUGUUUCCCUCUGUACUAGUCUCCCCGCAAAGUCGCUGUAGUGAUUUUUGCAACAUGCACUGUGAAGAAAAAGUCAGAGUGCAAGCGACAGCCCAGAAAAGCCUAUUGCACGGUGCAAAGUGCAGACAUUUGUAGACAUUUGUUUUCUCACAGUCAGAGAUUGAUGUGAGUACAUGCAAACUAUCUCAAAAUAGGUGAUAGGCUAUCUGAGAAGCCGAUCAAUCUUAUUAUUUCUACAACUAAGCCUUCUCCUACCCUUCCCCAUGCAUUCAACGAAAAACCAACGCGACCCAGAGUAUCAUUGACCCGAAAAGUCGUAGCCCCUGCACUCUAUAUUGGCUGAAAAUUUUCGUUUCAGCACCUUCAUCGCGAUUAGUUGGUUCUCCAACGCGUUCGAGCAGAUCCCCAUGGUGGUGGGGAAGCGGGCCGAGCAAGAGCACGUCAGCCGCAUCCUCGCCAUCUCCAUUUCGCACGACCCGCGCAUCAAAUGCCUCGACCACAUCAUGUGCUAUCAUGUCGGGGAGAAGGCGUUGGUGGAGCUGCACGUUGUGCUGGACGAGGACCUGCCGUUGAAGGAGACGCAUGACAUUUGCGAGUCAUUGCAGGACAAACUGAACGGCCUGGACUUUGUGGAGCGGACUUUUAUUCAUGUUGAUUACUUCUGUGAUGGAUGCCAUGAUGGGAAUUAA